CUCUUGAAGAACACGAAAGAACACAUUUCGCUAUUUACACUACACAUUGCGUCAAGUACACUAUUCGUUGUACCCGUACGUAUGUAUUUUCCAUUGAGUAUCAGCAAAAUAAAAUAUACCCGGGAUAAUGAACUAUGCUAUCCUUACUGGUUUUUGACUAGAAAGCUUAUAAAAGGAAUUAGGCGUGUUAAAAAGCUUUGGAGGAUAAAAAGACUCUUCAUUAUUAUAGAACGUUACAAUAAUUUAUAAUAAGCUUGAGAUAAUACUCGUACGAAUAUGCUUCUUACAAACCCAUUGCUCCCUCUCCUGGAAUUAGGCUUUUACUGUAUUUUCUUAUUGGCUUAUCAGUAUCUCUUAUUGUUUUACAGGCCCCAUAUAACAACACAUCCCUUAUUGCUGCAAAACUUGGUUUCUGAAGUUAACACUUUAAACUUGCAGCUAACAUCAAAUGAGCUUUGUAUAACUUCAUCUGAUUGGCAUGAUAUAUUUAAGCAUAAUCAACUCACCAUCCUUCACUUUAUAGCUAAUGUUCUCAAUGACUUUAGUAAGACGGAAGGGCCAAUGCAACGGCUGAUCAACAAGGAACUGAUCUCGAGGGUGUUACGAUUAUAGAUCAUGACUAAAUCAUUAACAUGAUAUGCGACCACCUUUGAUACUUUGUUAUAUCGUUCAAAUAUCUUUGUAAACCUUAAUGUGCACGAAAAAAAUCACAAAAAAGUGGCUAAUAUUAUGGGUGCUACCUCAGGUCGCUACCU